UCCCGUGAUCCUAUGCGGAAGAAGGGAUUUGAGCUAGUGUGACAACACAACACAGACGGGGAAAACGCUAACAUUAACCGAUUAUAUUUCCCGUUUUUCAUCUUAACCUCGUCUCCGAUCAGCCCAGCAAUGGACGGAUCUGUCGGAGCAGCUUCGGACACCGGACCGCCGGCUUAUUCCCGGGGAAAUGAAAGCUCCCUGGUUUCAGCCCUCAAGACACUGUUGUUCUUCACGUUCCUGAUGGUGACGCUGCCCAUUGGACUCUACUUUGCUACAAAGGCGUACCUCUUUGAGGGUUCCAUGAAGAUGUCGAGCUCUGACAGCUACUUCUAUGCGGCCAUCGUUGCAGUGCUCGCUGUGCAUGUGGUUUUGGCUUUGUUUGUUUAUGUGGCCUGGAACGAAGGCACACCUAAAGGGAAGGGCAAAGACGAUUAAGGCAUGUGCUUAUCAGCUCAUAAGACUGGAGGAGAUGGGCAGAUAGAGGCAUGGAUCCGCAGCCCCCCGCCCCCCCCC